CAUUCACGGCAUCAGCCCCGCUUCUGUUCCCCCUAUGAGGCUUUUUGUAAGCUCUGCACAAGAACAAAUUUUAAGUGUAUCUUCUUCCAAGAGGAAAACUGCUGAAGCCCGUGGGUCUGAAGAUGAAGAGGAUGCCGAAGAAGGUUCCUUGGUGAGGAAACUGCGUGUCAGAAGGCGCGUGGUUUUGAAUGAUGAAACCAUGUCUCUCAAGAUCCCCCUUCAAGUUCAAUUCCUUUUAGUCUCGUUGAUGAGCCAGAGAAUGUCCAUGUGAAUAUCUAUGAUGAAGAUGCUGGUAAUUUUGAUACCCUCCCCCCCCAAGUCCCGUUGAAAGGUUAUUUGCCCAAGGUUUUGGAGGUGAAGAAGAAUUUGGGCCUGUUUCUGAAGAGCUGCCUCUUGCCUCUCUUCCAAUGUUGUCAGUUACACCUACUGUUAAUCCCCCUAUUUCUCUACCAACAGUUACCCCAGUGGUUGCCCUACUAUUGUUCCUCGUGAAGAAGACGAGCCUUCCGGCAGCAGGCGGGGUAUGAAAAAAGUCCUAAUUGAAGUCCCUGAUAGUGAGAAUCUAUUGAAAAAGUCUGGUCACGAUGCUGUGUGGUUAAAACCACUUCCUGCUCUCUUGGAAAGAAAAAAGCUCGAGGGUCAUAGUUCUUUGACCUUGAUGAAUGACAUUAUCCAUUCUUCCCUCAAGAUCAAUUUGAUAGGUACAGAGCUUAUGAGAAGGAUUUCUCGGACAAAUCUGCAGGUGAUUGAGUUGUACACCGAGGCUCAUAAUUGGAAAGAGCAAUUCGAAGGCCUCCGACUGGAGAAAGACGUUCUUGCUGAGGAGAAAGGAUCUUUAGAACAACAAUUGAGGUUGAUCUCCGCUGAAUUAGUGAUUUUAAAAGCUUCUUCCGAUUAAGUUGAGAAAGAAAAGGACAGAUUGGAAUGCUCCUUCGCUAAACAACACUCCAAGGAAACUGAAGAGAUAAGGAGUUUGAAAGAGCUUCUUAAUCAAAAAGAGGUGUACGCAGGUGAUCUGGUACAUAUGCUUACCCGGGCUCAAGAAGGCCUUCGUGCUUCUACAGACAAGAUUCAGUUCCUUGAGAGUUUUCUUACUCAUUUAAAUGCAGCUUAUGAAGCCCCAGAAGCAGAAAAAGAAGAGUUAAAAGCUGAGAUCGAGCAGUGGGAAAAGGAUACGAGGCCCUUAAAGACAAGUUAACACUUGAUGUUAGCUGGGCUUUUUUGCACUCGCUUCGAGACUCUAACUGAAGCUAGCCAGGAGGGUUUUGACCUCUAUGCUGAAAAUGCAAAGGCUAAAGAGAUGAUUUAACAGACUCAACAACAUCAAAGCUUCUCUAUACCCGAGGAUGAAAGUUCCAAAGGUGAUGGUGAUGGAGUUACUCCUAGUGAAAUUGAUGUUCAACCCUCAUCUUCUCAAGUUAAUCCUUCUUUUCCCGUGGAUGAUGCUCCCUAGUUUUUUCCCUCUUGACUUUUGUUGAAGUUGUUUGUUUUUGGUUUUUGUUGGAAU